GAAAGGCAAGAAUUCAGAUACGAUCAAGCUUUCGAACGCACCACUUCUCUCGCUUCCAGACUACCAACUCGUGAAGGCAAUACCUAUCAAUUCAAGAUGAGUGACAUAAGUAUUUCCACCGAUCUGUUGAACUUGCCGUGCCACCAGAAAGGGGUUGAACCGGAUCAGGUGACGACCUUCUAUGAUGACUGGGCUACUGAUUACGAUGAGUUUCUUUCGCCUGGGACAUACAACGGACCACAGAUCGCUCUAGAAGAGAUAAUGAGCCAUGUCCCAGCUGACCUCUGCUCCACCCUCCGCGUCCUGGAUGUGGCGGCUGGUACCGGACUUGUGGGAGUGAUAUUGGCCGGAGCAGGCUUCAGGCUCCUGGACGCUGUGGAACCCUCUUUAGGAAUGAUCAAGAUAUUACAGGAGAAGAAAGUGUACCAAAACAUCUUUCAAGUUUACAUGGGGAUUAAAGAUCCUAUGAUUCCUCCAGACACCUACGAUCUCGUGAUAGCAGUGGGAGGAAUGGCAGAAGGUCAUCUCCCCAUCACAAGUGUAGACGACAUGAUAACUGCCUGUAAACCUGGCGGCUUUGUGGUGAUAGCAAUGCGAUACGAGUUCCUGCAAAAUACGGAAGCCUACCGGGGCAAACUGCUGCCUUACAUGGACAGCUUGGAAGGACGAGGCUGCUGGAAGAUGGCAACUCUGCUGGCUGAAUACCAACAUAUUGCAUACUGA